UAUAGCAGGUUCUUACACGCUGUGUCUGUUUAAAUCCCUCCAUUAUAUGCUUCAUGUGUGUGGACUCAAUUUUCCUUUCCCAACUACUGUCUUCCAGUAUGAAGUGGUCAGUUACAGAUUCUAGUGCAUUCUCUCAAGCACAGUGACAACAGUGGUUUAGGUGCCAGAGAUUUCUCCGCUGCUCAGGGCAGAAUUAUCCUCUUGGGUAGUUAAGAGCCUGAGGACUAGAAAAACUGAAGUCAAGGCUACUGGUCAAAGUGGGACAGUCUCCCAACACCAGCUCAGAGCUGUUUCCACUAGCCCACACCACAUUCCCUUUGUGUAGGUUAUUUAAUAAAUUAAUUUCACAACCCGUAGAACACAGUAGGAAACAAUGCAGUUACUGAACCAUAGGAACACAGCUGCCAACAUCUUGUUGAUUCAGAAUUGUCCAAACACUUCCAUGUGUGGGCGGGACUGAUGCAAUUUGCUGGUUCAACAGUUGACAUUGAUAAAUUGGAGUUUCGUUUCCUCAGCCUUCUGUUGGAGGUGCUAAUGAGCAUGAAAAGCUGGAGAAACACAGGCGGGAGAGGAAGAGAGAAUCUUGCCUGAUCUACAUACUAAGUAAUUGAGCCUGGAUGAUGUAGACUUGACACUGCCAGGAAUGGUGCAAAAGCUGGACCAAAAACUUCCAGUGGCCAAUGAGUAUCUAUUGCUUUCUGGAGGAGUCCGGGAAGGCGUGGUAGACCUGGACUUAGAUGAGCUUAAUGUCUAUGCCCGAGGGACUGACUAUGAUAUGGACUUCACUCUUCUGGUGCCAGCCCUGAAGCUUCAUGACCGUAAUCAGCCUGUGACACUGGAUAUGCGCCAUUCAGCCUUGUGCCACUCUUGGCUGAGCCUUCGGCUCUUUGACGAGGGGACGAUCAGUAAGUGGAAAGACUGUUGCACCAUCGUCGAUCAUAUCAAUGGUGCCACCAACUACUUCUUCUCCCCAACCAAAGUGGCUGACUGGUUCUAUGACUCCAUCAGCAUUGUCCUAUCAGAGAUACAGAAGAAACCCCAGCGAGGGAUGCCAAAGGUGGAAAAGGUAGAAAAGAAUGGGACCAUCAUCUCCAUCAUUCUGGGUGUGGGGAGCAGUCGCAUGUUGUACGAUAUUGUCCCAGUGGUCUCUUUCAAGGGUUGGCCGGCAGUGGCCCAGAGCUGGCUCAUGGAGAACCACUUUUGGGAUGGGAAGAUCACCGAGGAAGAAGUCAUCAGUGGGUUUUACCUGGUGCCUGCUUGCUCCUACAAGGGAAAGAAGGACAAUGAGUGGCGGCUGUCCUUUGCCAGGAGUGAGGUGCAGUUGAAGAAGUGCAUCUCCAGCAGCCUCAUGCAGGCCUACCAGGCCUGCAAAGCCAUCAUCAUUAAACUCCUGUCCCGGCCCAAGGCUAUCAGCCCCUAUCACCUGCGGAGCAUGAUGCUCUGGGCCUGCGACAGACUUCCUGCCAACUAUUUGGCCCAAGAAGACUAUGCAGCCCACUUUUUGCUGGGCCUCAUUGAUGACCUGCAACACUGUCUGGUCAACAAGAUGUGUCCCAAUUACUUCAUCCCGCAGUGCAACAUGCUGGAGCACCUGUCCGAGGAGACGGUCAUGCUCCACGCGCGGAAGCUCUCCUCCGUCCGCUCAGACCCGGCGGAGCACUUGCGCACCGCCAUCGAGCACGUCAAGGCAGCCAACCGGCUGACACUGGAGCUCCAGAGACGAGGGAGCACCACUACCAUCCCCUCCCCGCAGUCCGACGGAGGGGACCCCAACCAGCCCGAUGACCGUCUGGCCAAAAAACUGCAGCAACUAGUGACUGAGAACCCGGGGAAGUCGAUCUCCGUCUUCAUUAACCCUGAUGAUGUGACAAGGCCCCAUUUCAGAAUUGAUGAUAAAUUUUUCUGAGCGUUUUUGCUGCCUUUUUUUCCCCUCUGGUUCUAAAACUCUCAUAAUAUGUAGUGUGGUUUGUGAUGCCGUCUUUCUGUUUUUUACAUAUCCAGCCUAGGUUGGAUCUGUUAAGAACACAUUUUAAGUUUCCUGGUUCUGCAGGAUGGUGCAGGCUCUGAAACAGUAUAUUACUAUUUCAUAUUCUGCCUCUGAUUUUGUUGUUUACAUUUUGUAGUUAUUACACAUUGUUUUGGUGUUUGGUCUUGUUUUUGUUUUUUUUAAGGAGAACUUGAGCCAUAGAUGAAAAUACCCAUGAAUUCUCUCACUUUUUUCUGUUUCAUACUUUGUGCUUUCAUACUUUUGUUCAUGGGAGUGGGGAAACAAAUCUCUUUCUCAUGCUUCAGGAUUCUCUUAUUUUUUUGUUUUCCUUUUUUUGUCUUUAUUUUUUUUAAUGAGCGUUCAUCACCACAGAUAUUUGAAAAUCAUCUGAACCUGGGAACUACCUGGUACGUUAGUUGGAUUUAUUUCUUUCGACCAGUGGCCAGGGUAUUUUCUCCCUCUCUGCCAAACAAUGUAGACUUUGAAAGUGAUAAUGCUAUAAAUUGUGUUUGGAGCAACUUCACUGAAUGUAAUUGUCCUUAAAUCAGAACUUUGGAUGGUUUGGAAGGGUGUCUUUGACAACUUACCAGAUAGAAUUAAGGUUUCCAAAUGGUAGUUUUAGUGUGUGUAAUUAUUUGAAGCCUUAUUUAAAUCCUAUUAAAGAAUAUACCAUUAUAAUUGUUAUUUGCACUAAUGAGACUUUUGCCAUUGUCGGAGUUCCAAUGCGUGUAUUUCAAUAUAAAUUGACAUCCACUGUUGAAAUGCUAUCAUUUCUUCAUUUAGCCCAUUUGUCUUCAUCAAUAGAAUGAUUCUUUGUAUUUGUUUAGUUCUUUAAUUGUGGGGUCCUGUUUUGCCCUCCUUGAUAUUCCUGGUUCCUAUCUUACUGAGAAAUUUUUAAAGCUUUAUAUCUGCUGAGUGACUUUAUCUGAAGCUGGGGAAAGUACAUGCUUGAUAAAGUAGUUGUCUUUGUAUGUACAGUUGAUCCUUGAACAGCACGGGUUUAAACUGUGUGGGUUCACUUAUACACGGAUUUUUUCCACUAAACGUGUUAGUUGAAUAUAUGGAUUUGGAAUCGUGAAUAGAAGGUCAACUGUAAAGUUAUAUAUGGAUAUUCAACCUCACAGGGGUCGGUGCCGCUGACCCCUGCAUUAUUCAUGGAUCAACUGUAUUUCUUUUGACAUUAAAGAGGUAAGCUUUUUUGUAAAGUCUCUUUGCUUCUACUGAGAGUUUUGAGGAAAACUGGAAGGAAAAAUUAAUAUCAGUCCCCACAUAGAAGAUACCAUGCCUGUUCAAAAGCAGAUUUUUCUACAGAGCAGGAACCAGGAGAUAACUGUGGGUGGCAGCCUUGGUGUAGAGGUGUCCUGUCUUCAUGAAUGAAAUUACUUGCCAGGUUUAGGUGCUGCAAGGCAUCGAUCGGCUCCCUGUUUUGCUAUGAACUCAUGGCAAACUGUAGUGUUUGGGAGGUCAGGGGCCUGCCGAUCUCUCAAAGGAUGACCGUGAUGUCUACUAUUGGAAAGGUCAAGCAACAUUUUGAUUUUGAUCCUGAAUGUCCAGUCUCACGGGUUGGAUUUUGGCCGAUUGAAAUUAGGCAUAUACGGUCUUGGUUUUUGCAUGGGAAUUAUUGUAAUGCUUAUAAAUGAAAAUGAAAUCAUUCAACCAUCUUAAGUCAAACAAAAAUAAUAAUAAAAGAAACAUACUGGCCUUGGAA